AUGGCUUCGCAGCAGAAAAGGGCUGAGCUGGACGAGAGGGCUAGGCGAGGAGAGACUGUGAUACCCGGCGGGACUGGCGGCAAAAGCCUUCGAGCUCAGGAACACCUUGCUGAAGGGAGGAGGAAAGGAGGGCAGACGAGGAAGGACCAGAUAGGGAAGGAAGGGUACCAGGAGAUGGGCCGCAAGGGAGGGCUGAGCACCGGAGAUGAGUCCGGUGGAGAGCGCGCCGCCCGGGAGGGUAUUACGAUUGACGAGUCCAAGUACAAGACCAAGAGCAAUGAGUAG